AUGUCUAUCCUCGAGUUCAUGGGCCCGGGCUAUACGCCAGCCGGCAUGGACCCGACAGAAUUCUUUGUCAACGGAGACGAACCAUAUGUACUUGCAUCAGACUAUACAAUUCUGCCACAGCCGACACAGCAGCAUCUACUUGUUCCCCAACUCACUGGCACCAUAGAAGGUGCCGCCGAUCUUCUAUCUCUUCCUUCUGGGGCCGCUGUAUCAGAAGCUCUGUCAUCAAACGGCGCACCUGCGUACAAGCCACAGGGCUCGCCGGCUAGCACAACGAGCGGCUCGUCGCGCAGGAGAGGCAGGCUACCGACGCCGGUCGACCAUGACGCGGGCGAUCAAGAUUCGCAGACCAUCAUCAAACGGCAAAAAAAUACCAUGGCUGCAAGAAAAUACCGACAGAAGCGGCUCGAUCGUAUUUCGGAUCUGGAGCACUCGCUGAGCGACAUGACGGAUCAAAGGGACGCGCUGAAACUGCAGCUCGCUCGCAAAGAAGCAGAGGUGGACGCACUGAGAGAGAUGCUUUCGCGCAAGUAA